CCAUAUAUGGUAAAUGAAUGGGUAUUAUAGAUUUACGAUCGAAUAACCAGAUCCCGUCUGUUCCGACAAGUUGAUCUUCUUAGUCGCCGUCGCUCGGUCGGCUUCGAUUUGUCGGAAAACUAUUUAAGAAUACUAGGUUUCGAUUUAUCAGAUUAAUCUCGCUAUGUCGCAUUGGAGACACAAAGUGUGGAGACAGUUGAGCUCAUUUCAUGGAGCUAGCUACUCGACUAGACCUUCAAGAAUCAACAAAACAAUGCUCAACGACCUUAGAAGAAUCCGGCCAAUGAUCCAAAGAAGAAUCCAGAAUCGAGCAAAAGAAUACCCGAUUCAAGAGAUUGUUCCUGUGGCUAAAGACAUCCUCAAAGCCAGACAAAAUCUACUCACUGACGUCACUGUUCUUCUUAAAACGUUUCCUGUCUUGAGAUGCAAGUUCUGCUCAGAAGUGUUUGUUGGCAAAGAAGGACAUUUGAUUCAGACCUGCCGUAGUUAUAUACGCCGUGGCAACAACAGGCUACACGAAUGGGUUCCAGGUUCUGUAAACGAUGUACUUGUCCCUGUCGAGUCCUUUCACUUACACAACAUGUCUCAAGGUGUUAUCAGACACCAACAGAGGUUUGAUUAUGACCGUGUUCCCGCCAUCUUGGAGCUAUGUUGUCAAGCAGGAGCCAUCCAUCCCGAAGAAAUCUUGGAAUAUGCGAAAGUUCACGAUAACCCGCAGAUCUCAGAUGAAGACAUCAGGAGUAUACCCACUGAAGAUCUCAAAUACGUUGGGGCAAACGCUCUAACGGCGUGGGAGGAAGUGAGAGCUGGUGUGAAGAAACUGUUGCUUGUUUAUCCUUCGAAAGUUUGCAAACGGUGCAAAGAGGUUCACGUGGGACCGAGCGGUCACAAAGCUCGUCUGUGUGGUGUGUUCAAGUAUGAGAGCUAUCAGGGGACUCAUUACUGGGAAAAGGCUGGUGUGAACGAUUUGGUACCUGAGAAAGUCGUGUGGCACCGGAGGCCUCAGGACCCGGUGGUUCUUGUGAAUGAAGGGAGGAAUUAUUACGGACAUGCCCCUGCUGUAGUGAGCCUUUGUAGCCAUGCAGGUGCACUUGUUAGCAACACUAGAUAUGCUUGCGAGAUGAAGCCCCAAGGUUUAUCUUAUCCUCUUAAUAAUUCAAUUCCAAAUCAUGAAACGUAGAGAAAAGUCUUGUGUGUAUUUUAGCUGGAACCAGCUGAUUCUCGUCUGGUUUUCUUGUUGGGUUUUGCCAAACUAAACCAUCUUUAUACGUCGCAUGUCUAUUGAAUAUUGAUAUCCUGUAGUCUAUAGCAUCGACUCGUUUUAACUCCACAUGAUA